AUGUCACGUGGGGUCGGCAGUGCAGGUGUAAGGGUAGGAAAUGAUUGCGUGGCGGAGAGGGCAGGUGGGCGGAACAUCUCUAACGCCGUGGUACGGGAGCCAACCAGUCCCAACCCAAGCCCCAGACGCGCAACAACCGUCAAUCCAGCCAUUCCUCCACCACCAACCUCGCGGAUCUCCAUGCAUAUGUAUGUAUGUGCAUACAAGGAAACGUACGUAUCCAUUCCGUCACUCAAUGGGCUGAGCUGUUGA